AUGGCAAACAUCAAGUACGUAAAGAAACGCUCUGGCGACGAACAGCAGCCCCAAGCAGCGCCAGUAGUACGCGACUUCGCCAUGCGCCCUAGCAGGACCUCUCAGCGCGCAGCAGCUUCUGAACCCGAACCUGAGCCCACACAUGUCCCUCAGAAGCCAGCGGCGUUCCCUUCGCUACCAGCCAACACUCCACCACCGCCGUUUGACCCGAAAUUCUCGGGUCAUGGUAUGAGAGAGCUGAUGGCGGCUAUCGAGACCGGCGACAAGACGCGCAUGGAACACAUCAAAGACCACUUCAAGAUUGAAUACGAGGCGGGUAAAGAUCCCUGGUAUGUGGCCUUGAGGCGUCGCUGGGACCCUAAGAUGGUCGAUUCCAAGACCAUCAUCGAGCAGAUAAAGGACGACUUCAUUCCCGGCACCUAUAUCAGUCGCUUCUACCCCGUAUGCUGCAUCCUGAGCCUCUCCAAGGCGAAGCUGGAUACGAUUAUGGCGGAGAACGCCGCAGUAUGGGAGACCGAGGCUGAGAUCCCACAAUACUUCAAAGACUACAGAAGGCGAUACCCUCAUGCUAUCAUCGACCCGGAAGAGCCUCCCCCGGUCGAAGUGGUGAAGGCGAUCAGAUUCUUGAGACAGCAAAGGCUUCCUGUUAGUUUGUUGGGCGAGUGGCAGGCACUGCCGGGACCUGAAUGUCCUGCGCGCCGACAAGAAGUCCUGCAACACCAGACAGAAGUCGACACCCUCCGCGCACAAGGCAACGCUGAAUAUGCAGCGCUCGAUCAACGUGAGUAA